CCUCAUGUGUGUGGAAUAUUAGGACUUUAGACAUAGAAGGCAAGUGACAAACAUACUGUCCUCCAGCCGGAAGCGCAGUGUAAGGGACUGUAUAAUAGCUACAUCUUAAUUUAGCGGAGACAUUUAUUACUUUAAUCAAGUUCAUUUCAGUGAUAAACAAAGAAUGGAGUUAAGCGGCUGGUCACAUUAAUUCUUCAUUAAUUUUAUUCUUCAGUUUCAACUCACUACCUAAAAAACGUUCCCACCAGACUAAGAGCGCACACAUAGUUUAGUCAUGACAAUCAGUCAGAAAUAUGCUACUCCUCCUCCUUCAAACAACACAAACAUGAAGAGCUGCUUCACUGUCUAAUCUCUACUGAACAGCAGAACCACACCUGUAUACAGAAGCAGUGGCCACACCAAGAAUAAACUUAGGAAGAGGCAGACUGUGUUCUUAGUUAAGCUUUAAUUUGCAAUGCAACACUAGAUGUGGGGUGUUUGCAACAUCUGAAAUCCAACACCCACGAAUGCAAUCCAGCCUGCUGCUCAGUCUGCACUCUAUGACUGGUCCUGCAGCUUAUGACACAGGUCCUUAUAGUGACGCCUUCAAUUUAGAACAAUGUCGUAGCAUAAACAACAUAACUAAACCGGCAGAGGCAUUUAUUUCCGUUAAAAAGGUGAAAAAAAGACUCAGGUAUCGUUUUUAGUUAGACUCCACCAUCCUGAAAUGUACCCAACCAGUCUGUCAACACAGGGCUGUUUUCACUUCACUGGGUUGAAUAUGCAGCGCUCUAGCUGUGGACUCCUGUUGCUAGGCAGAGGAUCUUUUUAAAGCAAUCUUCCCCUGUGCAACCAGCCGCUCAUUGGUCUGAGAUGGGGGUGGAGAACCUGCCACAGGCUCCACAGACUGUCCAACAACACUGCACCGCCUGGCAGCCAACUUUCAUGUUCCCGUUUAAUAUCUCUUAUUAUUAGUUUUAGCUCUGGUGGUAUUCAUUUAUUUGGUGGCACAGUUUUACCACAGGUUGGGUGCAACGUUAUACUGUCCCUAUGAGAAGUUAACUCAUAUUGUAAAGGUAUUUUAAAGAAUCCUCCAUUCCAGAUAUGUUAUUUUGUUACAUUUCCACAGAAGAAAGCCCAUCUCACCCCAGAAUGGAUGUGCACCAAGACCUCGCUCUCUGUUGUUUCGAAAUGGUGGCCUGAACUGUGCAAAUAUACCACAAACCAAGUCCAAGGCCUCAACUAUGGUGUCUGAAUAUGAUAUGUAUUAACAAGUUAUUGAUGAUUUAUUAACAGGUGCCAACUUGCAAUACACUGGUUCUCAGGGUCCUCAUGGAGAAAAGGUCCAGGAAGGAGGCGUGCUUUAUAAUGUUUAUUAAAAGUCAGAAUAGAGAUAAGGUCUUAUAUGCUCUGAUAAGAAAAAAGCUGAGCAAUAACCAUUAAAACAGUACAAGGGAAAACUGUUUCUGCUCUGUAACAACCACAAAUAAUUAAGGUUUCAUAUAAAAUGCUAUAAUGCAACUGUACCAUGUACAGUAAAUGGAUUCAUGUGAAAUAUGACACAAAGGCACAUUAAAAUGGAAGUCGUUGAUGUUAUAGGUCAACCGGUCGUUUAUUUUGGUUUCGACCUCGUGUAUAAGUACGUAAAGCUGGCUCUGAACGCGUUGAGUAGAGGGGCUUUAAUCCGACGCCGGCCGUUGGCUGCUGCCGCUGCUAGAUGGAGCUGGAGAGGAAGUGGCGCUUACGUCGCGAGCGAAGUGGGCAGAGCCGCAGAAGGAUAUGAGCGCAGGCGGAGGCAGGGAGGAGGACACACGCAGCGGAGGACGGCGGAGAGCGCGGAGCGCGGAGCGCGGCACGAUGCGGCCCGGAGAGCCAGCGAGACGGCGAAAACGGCCCGAAAAUGCGGCGUCGGCCGGGGCGGGUGACGGCGGAUAGACGCGGCCCGGACUAUGGGUCUUCCUCUCGGUGUAUCACAAUUUGCAUCAAAGAAGAAAGGUUCUUGCCUGACUUUCGUUAAAAGGGUUGAUAUUUAGCCACAAUGGAGCCGUAACCUGAAGAAAUUGGGCAGUUUGCACUGCAACAGGGCUUUCACAGGCUGGAGUGGUGUUGAAUUAGAAGAAAAAGAAGACAGCUCUAUGCACUGUGGGCUUACGAUUUUUCCCUUUUUUUUUAUCCUAUCAAGACUCCAUUCAACUGGAUAUUGCUGACGUGGAGACUACGUUGUUUAACGUGAAGAUGACAAGUGAUUUGGCAGUUAGCCGAAUUUUGACAAGAUGAUGAUUCUAACUGGACGUUUUAAGCCCGGGACUUUCGUUUUUUUUUAUACCAGCAUGGACACUGGAACACCUGGCUGUCUAGUGGACUCGUUAAAUUACACUUUCUUGUUUUUGGGAAACGCAAACACGCUGUUGUACAUUUGAUAUAUACAAAUGCUGUUUUUAAUAAAGUGUAUGUCCUCGUAUUUUUCCCUGGCUUUGUUUUAUUAGUUAUUUAAACACAGAUGAUUUGGUCGAAUAUUUGGAUAAGGCUAACUUCAUGAAGCACAGGAUUUGGUUCGUUAUUACAGCAGAUGUAUUAGAUUUGUAUUGAUAAAGGUCUUCACGUAAUCUGUACGCUUGUACACUCGUCCUAAUCUUUGUAGUAGGUUGAUAAAAAAGAAGAAAUCUUUUCUUUGUGUUGCCUUUUAGGUGAAAAGUGCCACCUUGGUUUGGUCAGCUGAACCAGUAUUACUGGAAAAGUCUUGACUAUGAAAGGGUUAAGAACACACACACUUGUGUAUUAGCAGCCUGAGUUUUGGUCUGAACAGAAAUGGUUUCCAAAGGCUCUAAAAUGGCUCCUGCUUGUCCUUCUUCCUGUCUGAGCAGGAAGUGAUGCAAUUGGUGCAACGUAAAAUAUAUUCACGUUUGCAACCUCACAGUACUGUACACUUUCAUCAAGUGUGAGUAAAGCUGUGAGUAAAGCUUUCUCUGUCAGGCGUGUGUCCUGGGGUUCAGGAUACAUGUAAGUUUAUAUCAAAGCAAGAUUUAAACAUAAUAAAAGGGGAGGGACUUAGACAUCACCUGAGUGUGGGGUAAAUGGAAAUAACGUCAAUCAAAGGCACAGCUUUCAGAGCUAGGAAGGAGCUCUAGAUGGCGGCUGAGCCUUGGGAAGGGUGCCAUGGGCUUCGAAAGACCGCUGUGUCGCUUGUUUUUCCACCUGCAUCGCGUGCAUUUGGGUCAUAUUGAGAGGCCGUAGUCGUGCGCUCGGCGUUUCGAGGGGAUUCUAGCCGUUUUUGGCGUGUUUUGGGGCCGAUUUGUCGAGCGGAAGGCGCCGUCUGUGCUGGGAGAGCGCUCGUCGUUGUUUUCCAUACUGAGCUCCGGCAGCCAUGGCGCGCCUCCAUUUUUAGAGCUGCUCGCCUCUGUCGCUCAGCGUCUGACACUAGAUGAAGACCGCAAAGGCCUAGUCGCCUUUCCAAACUACUGCCUUUUGUAAUUUAUUGUUAAAUUGUUAUUUUGACAGUAUUUUAUUUUUAUUCGGUUCGGGUUAAUAUUUAAAUAUACAGCGAACGUGGAAUCUAAUAGUCCGUUUAUAGGCUACCUGCUUUCUUCACAUUGAAUCGGUAUGUUUACAUCAUCUAUUCUAUAAUUUUAUGAUUUUCUUAUUUCUAAAUCUUAUUUUCCCUUUCCUUCAUCUGAUGACGCAGUUACAAUUAAUUGCAUGCGGCUGGAUCCGAGCACUAUAAUGAAAGACGUGUUUGUUAUUUACAUUAUUCUGACAGCAUCUGUCAUUUUCCCUUAUUAUAUGUAGGUAUUCUGUUUAAACUAAGCAGCCAGGUCUUUGGAUUUAAUGCGUUUUUCUCCACUCGUGUCGCACCGCCUGGGUUUUGACUGCCACCUGAGCAAAGGCAAUCUAGUGGGACUUGUGAUAGCUCAUGCCUCCUCUAACUUUUUGACAGUAAAUACCUGGACAAACGAUUAUCCUAUCAGAGAUUUAUAGGAUACUGCGAUGAUGAAGAAUAAAAGUAAAAAACAAGAGGAUGAAGGAUCGACACAAAGCAAUGCCUCAAGCAAUUCAGCCUCGGAAGAAUCCAACCACUCGGCAUCAGAGUCGGGGAGUCAGUCAGAGAGCGAGCGUGGCAGCGAGAGGAGACGAUCCCACAACUCUGAGUCAAACAGCUCGUCAGAGUCAGAAAGUCACUCGGAGUCAGGGAGCGAGUCUGCAGAGUCCAAAUCACAACAAACCACAUCAGAAGUCAAAGACAAGCCAGUUAGAAAGAAGGAGCGACUGGCAGAUGUGAAGAAGAUGUGGGAGGAGCAUCCAGAUGUUUACGGGGUGAGGCGGUCAAAUCGCAGUAGGCAGGAGCCGGCUCGUUUAAACAUUGGUGCUGGGGGGAGCAGUGACUCCGAGAGUGAAAGUCCCAAGAGGAAAACGUCUCGUGCUAAAAAAAAGGAAAAUUUCUGGAAAGAUGAUGACUCAAAUGAUGACGAGGAAGAGGAGGAGGAGGAGUCUUCCGAGAGUACAGACAGUGAGCAGGAAGAGAAAAAAAUUAGAUCCAGACGACUUCCUGCUAGAAGGCCUCAGAGCAAAUCAACAACCGUCAAAAAGCAGCUGUCUCAAAAAGGGAGGAAGGCCAGGAAACCGGAGUCGUCGCCUGAAGAAGAUGACGAUGAUGAAGACGAUGAUGACGAUGAUGACGACGAUGAGGAAGACACUCCAAAGAGACAGACUCGCAGAAGGGGAGCCACCAAAGUCAAAAGCUAUAAAGAGGAUCAACAUGACUUUGAAACGGACUCCGAUGACCUCAUCGAAAUGACAGGAGACGCGGGUGAGGAGCAGCAGGACGAUGACAGCGAAACAAUCGAGAAGGUGAUGGACACCAGAACAGGCAAAAAAGGAGCCAAUGGGGCUUCAACCACUGUAUACGCUGUGGAGGAAAACGGCGACCCAUCCGAAGGCUUUGACCCUAAAAGCGAUGAAGGGGAGAUUCAGUAUCUGAUCAAGUGGAAGGGCUGGUCCUACAUCCAUAACACAUGGGAGAGCGUAGAGUCUCUGACACAGCAGAAAGUCAAGGGUCUCAAAAAGCUCGACAACUACAUAAAGAAAAUGGACGAACUUAAUUCAUGGUUGAGGAGGGCGUCUCCCGAGGACAUUGAGUUUCAUAACUGCCAACAGGAGCUCAUUUGUGACUUGAACAAACAGUUUCAAAUUGUUGAACGAAUCAUCGCAACAAAAACAGGGAAGACUCCAGGAACUUCUGACUUUCCUUCUCACAGUCAUAAGACACCAUCCUCCAAUGAGCCAGAGUAUCUAUGCAAGUGGAUGGGGUUACCCUAUUCUGAGUGCAGCUGGGAAGAUGGAGCCCUGGUGAGGAAAAAGUUCCAGCACUGCAUCGACAGCUUCCUGAACCGAAACUCCAGCAAAACGGUGCCGUCUAAAGACUGCAAGGUGUUAAAGCAAAGGCCGAGGUUUGUUGCUCUGAAGAAACAACCGUCUUAUAUUGGAGAUGAGAUCCUGGAGCUGAGAGAUUAUCAGCUGGAUGGGCUGAACUGGUUGGCUCACUCCUGGUGCAGGUGCAAUAGUGUUAUCCUCGCUGAUGAGAUGGGACUGGGUAAAACCAUCCAGACCAUCUCCUUCCUGUCCUACCUGUUCCACCAGCAUCAGCUCUACGGCCCCUUUUUACUGGUGGUGCCUCUGUCCACGCUCACCUCCUGGCAAAGGGAGUUUGCCACCUGGGCCCCAGACAUGAAUGUGGUGGUGUACCUUGGUGAUGUCAUGAGCAGGAAAACAAUCCGUGACUAUGAGUGGGUGAACCAUCAAACCAAAAGAAUUCGUUUCAAUGCACUAUUAACCACCUAUGAGAUUCUGCUUAAAGAUAAGGGUGUACUUGGGAACAUUAACUGGGCAUUCCUGGGAGUGGAUGAAGCUCACAGGCUGAAAAAUGAUGACUCCCUGCUGUAUAAGUCAUUAAUGGAGUUCAGGUCCAACCACAGGCUCCUCAUUACUGGCACUCCUCUGCAGAACUCCCUUAAAGAGCUCUGGUCGCUGUUGCACUUCCUUAUGCCUGACAAGUUUGAUUCCUGGGAGGAUUUCGAGGAUGAACAUGGGAAAGGAAGGGAAAACGGUUAUCAGAGUCUGCACAAAGUCCUUGAGCCCUUUCUUCUCCGACGCGUCAAGAAAGAUGUGGAAAAAUCUCUGCCUGCCAAAGUGGAGCAGAUCCUCCGUGUAGAUAUGUCGGCGCAACAGAAACAAUUUUACAAGUGGAUUUUAACAAGGAAUUACAAAGCUCUUGCUAAAGGCACCCGAGGCAGCUCCGCCGGCUUCCUGAACAUCGUUAUGGAGCUGAAAAAGUGCUGCAACCACAGUCUCCUCAUUAAACAGCCUGAGGAGGGAGACGGUGAAUCGCAACUGGAACGCCUGCAGAGUGUAGUGAGGGGCAGCGGGAAGCUGGUGCUGCUGGACAAGCUGCUGACUAGACUCCGAGAAAGAGGUAACCGGGUGUUGAUCUUCUCCCAGAUGGUCAGGAUGUUGGAUAUUCUGGCCGAGUACCUCGCUAUGAAGCACUACCCGUUCCAGCGACUGGACGGUUCCAUAAAGGGAGAAAUCCGAAAGCAAGCACUUGACCACUUUAAUGCAGAGGGCUCAGAGGACUUUUGUUUCCUGUUGUCCACCAGAGCUGGAGGUUUGGGCAUUAACUUGGCCUCAGCAGACACUGUGGUCAUCUUUGACUCAGACUGGAAUCCUCAGAACGACCUGCAGGCACAAGCCAGAGCUCACAGGAUCGGCCAGAAAAAACAGGUGAAUAUAUACCGACUGGUCACUAAAGGAACCGUGGAGGAGGACAUCAUUGAGAGGGCUAAGAAAAAGAUGGUUUUGGACCAUCUGGUCAUUCAGAGAAUGGACACCACCGGCCGGACUGUGUUAGACAGCAACUCAGGAAACACAAAUUCAAACCCAUUUAAUAAAGAAGAACUUACCGCUAUUCUCAAGUUUGGUGCAGAGGAACUUUUUAAGGAGGCAGAAGGAGAAGAGUCUGAACCACAGGAGAUGGAUAUUGAUGAAAUCCUGAGGUUGGCUGAGACAAGAGAAAGUGACCAGGGCUCCAGUGCUACAGAUGAACUUCUGUCUCAGUUCAAGGUGGCCAAUUUCUCCAGCAUGGAAGAGAGCGCUCCAGAGUUGGAGGAGAAACCCGUGCGCGAAUGGGACGAUAUCAUCCCUGAGGAGCAGAGACGGAAAAUUGAGGAGGAGGAGAAACAGCGGGAGAUGGAGGACAUCUUCAUGCUGCCCAGAAGCAGGAGCUCUAACAAGAGGGCUCAGGCUAAUGACAGUGACAGCGAUGUAGGCUCAAAGCUGAAGCACCGCUCCUCAGGCUCUGAGAGCGAUACGGACGACACUGAUGAUGACAAGAAGCCAAAGAAGAGAGGCAGACCUCGAGCACGCAAAAACAAUGUGGAGGGUUUCACUGAUGCAGAGAUCCGCAGGUUCAUUAAAGCAUACAAGAAAUUUGGAUCUCCACUUGAAAGGUUAGAGGCGAUCGCCAGAGACUCUGAGCUGGUGGACAAAUCUAUAGCAGACCUGAAGAGACUGGGUGAGCUCAUUCACACGAGCUGUGUGGCUGCAGUGCAGGAACAUGAGGAACAACUUAAAGAGAACCCAGUUGAAGCCAAAGGUCCUGGGAAACGGAGAGGCAUCAAUAUCAAGAUCUCGGGGGUGCAGGUCAAUGCUAAGUCUAUCAUUCAGCAUGAAGAAGAGUUUGAGCCGCUGCACAAAGCAGUGCCCUCGAACCCUGCUGAGAGAAACAAGUUCCAGCUGACAUGCAGAGUGAAGGUCGCUCAUUUUGAUGUGGACUGGGACCUGCAGGAUGACGUUCAGCUCCUGCUUGGCAUCUAUGAACACGGCUUCGGCAACUGGGACCUGAUCAAGACAGACUCUGAGCUUAAACUGGCUGAUAAGAUUCUCCCAGAUGACCCAAGCAAGAAGCCCCAGGGCAAGCAGCUGCAGGCGAGAGCUGAGUAUCUUCUCAAGCUUCUGAAAAAAGAACAAGACACCACUGACAUGUCAAAAACAGGGGAAGAGGUCAAACUGAAGAAGAGGAAGCCUCGGGUGAAAAAGGAGAACAAAAUUCUCAAAGAUGAGCACGGCAACGAGAUCUCAUCCCCGCGCCUGUCUGACAACCCCUCGGAGGAGGGCGAGGUCAAGGAUGAUGGAACAGAGAAGUCCCCCAGCAAGAAGAGACAAAAGAAAAAGGAUAACAAGGAGAACAAAGAAAAACAAGGAACUCCUAAAAAGGAGAAGGGCGGGGACAAAGACAAGAGGGGCGCAAAGCCCCGGAAAGAAAAGGCUAAAGGAGCCAAAGGGAAAAAGACUCAAGGUCCAGUGCACAUUACAGCAGGGUCUGAGCCCGUUCCCAUUGAAGGAAAGGAGGAUGAUGAGCUUGACCAGGAGACUUUCAGUAUUUGUAAGGAGCGCAUGAGGCCGGUGAAAAAGGCCCUGAAGCAGCUGGAUAAACCAGAUGAGGGUUUGUCUGACCAGGAGCAGCUCCAGCACACACGCACAUGUCUGCUGAAGAUCGGAGACCGAAUCACAGAGUGCCUUAAAUCCUACAGUGACCCUGAACAUGUCAAAAUUUGGCGAAGGAACCUCUGGAUUUUCGUGUCCAAGUUCACAGAGUUUGAUGCCAGGAAGCUCCACAAGCUUUACAAAAUGGCACAGAAGAAGCGGUCACACGAAGAAGAGAAGGAGCAGAAGAAAAAGGAUGAUUCUGGGAAGGGAAAGUCUUUUAGACCAGAACCCUCGGCUUCCAGUAGAGACUCCACUGGGGCACAGCUAUCCUCUAAACCUAUGUCUCACUCGGGUCAACAAGGCUCCCAUGGACACCACAGAGAACCAUACAACGCAGUUAACAAGCGACACUCUGGAAAUGACGACCGAGGGGACUGGCAGAGGGACCGGAAGUACGGUUACCCCGGCAACAGCAACCAGUCAUGGCAGGGAGACCGACAUCACCCAUAUGACCCACAUCGCUACAAGGAUCACUAUGGCGAUAGACGUCCGUACGGGGACACGUACCGCAGCUCGGGUGGCUAUCGCAACAACACGUCCCCUCGAAAAAGGCCUUAUGAGCAGUACAGCAACGACCGGGACCACAGGGGCCACAGACCCUAUUACGACAGGCAUCUGGACCCCAAAAGAAGACGUCCCGAUGACUUCCGCUCCAACUACCACGCGGGACGUGAAGGCCCUCUUCAGGACUUCAGGAGGAUGCCCGACCACAGGCCGGCGGGUCCGCCCGGGCCGGACCACUACGGCAGGCCCUUCCAUCCAGACAAACCUCCACCACUGCUGGACCCGCGCUCCCCGCAGGCUCAGAAGUCUCCCCAGGACUCCCGGUCCCCGCUUGAGCGCCCCGUGGAUCCAAACGCCGCGAUCGACCCGAACUGGAACAGGAAAGCAUAAAAGCUGCCAGUGCUCGCUGAGAAACUGAUCUGGGUGUUUUUGCCCAGAGCCGAAGCCACAUGCUGCUGACGGACAAGUCUGGCCUCGCCAAUCAUAAGCUCAGUUGGAAAGGGAAUCAACACGUACCCUCUUUACCAGCAAAACCAAACUAUUUUGCUUUUCUCCCCAGUGACUGUUCCCUCCUGUCAUCUCCUGUCAUGUUGGAAAUGAACUAAAGCACGCAUCUUUAUUUAAGUGAAUUAACUUAAAUAGUCGAUGUUGGUAAAACUUACUGAAUGCUUUAUGGAUGCUUAGUCCCAUGGACUAUUAUCUAAGGAGGACUUGAACACAUGAACUGAUGACUGAUCUUUAUCCUAAAAGUGCCUGAAGGUUUUGGCCUUUUGAAUGGAAAAUGUAUGGGAUGAUUCCCAAAAGAACCAUGACAUGGACAUUAAUGUUAUCUUUUUUUUUUUUUGAAUCUUUGAGUCAUGCAAAUGAUGUCAUUGGAAGAUUUCAGUACAAGAGAAUGUGUAACGUGUUAUCGUCUGCACCUUUGAAGCGUUAAUCAUGAACAUGUAGCUGAUGUUAUCGCCAUGUGGGUUUGAACGGCGGAAUGAUGGGGCAACGCACAUGUUCUGGAAUGAAAUUUGAAUGAUCAGUCGAGCCAGUGUGUUUCUACAGCAGUCCGUGGAAAGGUGGUUUUAACAAAAUGAGAUUGUUGUGUACAAAUCCUCGUUAUUUCUGGAAUCAUGUAGGCGCAUACAUCACUGCAACCUCCUGCUUCAGUCACUUUAACCACUUUCCUCUGAGCAGGCCCAGUGAAAAGAUGCUUUGAAAGCAGUAUUUAUUGCAGCUCAUUGUGCAAAGGUUCAUAACACUAUGAUUUGGAACAAUCCUUUGUUUUUGCUUUGAAGUAUUAUUAUAGUUCAGAUUGAUACUGCAGCGUACUUUCAUUACUGUUCUUUCUAUCUUUGCAUAGAAAGUGGUGUUGAUGCUGGUUGAGGGUUCAGGAAGUCGGUGACCUUUCAUCAGUUUUCACCUUUGCUCACUCGUUUCUUGUGCCAAGCCUAGUCCUGCUCUGAUCCCAAGUUGUUUUUGUUCGCUUCUCCAUUUGUGCCUUAUUUAUGUACAUGUUAUUAUCAUGGUCAGUACUGUGGGCUAGGACAGGUGGGACGUAGUAUUAACAGCUGCAGUUGAAGGAAAUCGGGCUAAAUCGAGUGACAAUUUGUGAAGGGACCACGUGUGCUGGUGAUUUGUCAUGUGGUUCUGUGAUUUGAGGGGAAAAUCCAAACCUUGGAAUAAGGAAUCAUGCGUGUGUUUCGUUCGGGGCUGGACUGUCACCGCCAACAGCCAGCACAUCUUUUCCUCCACCUUAAGCAAGUCAUAGUUCAUGUAUUACAAUGUUCUUCAAAUCUAAAUAUGUUCUUUAAGUCGGAAUAAUUUAUAUUUGUGACAAAACCACUCAUGAGAACUGUGCUGUACAUAUGUUUGGACAUAUGUAAUAAACUUUGUUACAUAAAAUGUCUGCUGAAACAUC